GCGGUUUUGACAGUUGACAGUUUUUUAAAUUUACCAAACAAACAAACAUUUAAUUUAUUGCUUAUUUAUAGUUUAAUAGCUUCUUUUUAGUUGGUUUUUAUUCUUUAAUACAUAAUAAAGGUGUUUCCAUGAAAUGGAGUCUAAAGAUAAAGAAAAAGACACUGAUGCUGUUGUUGACUACUACAGAAAGUACUCUCAAAACAAAAAUCUUCCAAAAUACUUUUCCGGUACCUCUGUUUCAUACAUGCCAGAAAUAGUGAGUGACGAUAAAGAUUCCAAUAAAAAAAUCUCGAAAACUCUGGCUGAGUUCUCAUUUGAGCACGAUGAGCACGAGAAUAAAAACAUAUCAAGGGCUAGUAGUGCCAUGUCGAAUAAAAAUUUAGUUUGGGAUAACGGGGCUGAUAUAGGCUACGGGAAUGCUUUACAUAGAACUAUUUCAUUGCCGGACAUUAGGAUAACCGAUACUGAAGAGGAAAAUAAGGUGGUUAAAGAAAAUAUACAAGUUGUUGUCAUUAAUUUUGAUAGUGAAGAUUCAGAGUCAGAUGUGCCAAUAGAGAUUAAUAUUGAAAGUAGCUCAACUACUGCUGAGAGUCAAUCAAAUAAAAGUGAGGUUGGGAGUUCAGGGGAAUCACACAAACUUAAAACAGAGGUGACUGUGUCUAGUUCCAGUUCUAGUAGGGAAAAUAUUAAUUAUGCUGAUAAUGCGUCGUUAAAAGGUAAAAUUGGGCUUCCUGAAGCCCAUUCCACGCCAAAGUAUCCUGAAGAAGAUAAAAUUGAGCCUGAUAUUAAACCUACACCAGCCAGAAGGGAUUUGAAGCCCAAAAAACCUAGGAAAUUAAGUGAGAAUAAGUUGGAAGAUUUUGCUCCAAAAGUUGUCAAUUUAUGUAUUACCAAACCUAUAACAAUUGAAUGUAGUGGCAAAGUUAAGUUGCAAAACAAAGUUAUCCAAACAAGAGUUAAAAAAUCUUCAAUUGCAAUACAAACUGAUGAUUUACCUGAGAAUGAAGUUAUCACUAUAAAACCUAAAGAGAUUGUUACAGUGGAUAAAAACAAUCAAGAAGUAGUUUAUUAUGAACAUCCCAGUGAUCAAAAUAACAAAACUUCUGCUAUUCAAACUGACUCAGAAAUAGUGGCAUCUGAGUGCAACAGUUUUGAGUAUUUUAAAAAUGAAGACAAGUCUUCCAUCUCAACAACUGAGGUACCGCUGAAAGUUACGCAGGCAAAUCAAAACUUGGAUGUGAUCCAAAUGAAAAGACACGAAACUCAACCAGACUUGAGUCACCAUCUUCACUCGUCUUCCAAAGAAUGUCCGCUGGGCGAGGUGAUUUCCGCCAAUCAGGAUGACUCCACGUCCAAAGACUUGCAGAAGAACUUUGAGUUGCUGGAAAAGUUGGUGAAGUCCAAGAAAUACGACGGAGCCACGAAAAGGCGUUACGUGAGGAAGAUUAUGAACAAAAUAAUCGAGUUGAACUGCCGCGAUGACAGUAGCACUAGUUCCGAGCUAUUUUUUCCCAAGAAGGGUAAAGAGAAGAGCAAAGAGCAAUUUGCCGCGCCUGUCUCGAAGGUGACGUCAAGUACUGAGAGUUCAGAUAGAAAAUACCAAGGGAUGAGUUUGCAGAGUAAUAUUCCCUGGUAUCCAGUGCAGCAAAGUAAAAAGUUGGAAACUAAAACGUUCGUACAGGAAAUCCUUCCAGAUAGAGAGAAGAAACAAUCCUCAAAGGAAGAGUCCAGUAGUCAGCCGGAAAUAAUCCCGAUACCCGCGCAAGGCUUCCAUAAAACCCAGGGUAGAUUCACGUUGACGAAUAACGAGCUCUACAUCAACCACGAUUCCCUCGCUCCGGAAAAUGGCGAUAAUUUUGGGUCGUACGGUGACGGGGACAAACCCUCCCCACAUACCUCGUCCGAUAAAUCUUAUCCCAACUGGAAGGAAGACCAAACGGAGUCCGAAAGGAUUCUCGAACGGAAAAAACUCGACUGCGUGACUCAGUUCGCUAAACGCGAGAGGGAGAACCAAGUGAUCUGGAUAGAAAACGAGAUCUCUCACCUCACCAAGCUCAAGAGUCUCUUGAACAAACCUCAAGCGUCGCAGAUUGAGGUUACGAAGCAAACGCACGUUUACUCUGUGACUAAAGCCGCCGAAAACUCGAAGAGAAAGUACGUCAUAGAGACGGAAAUCGGUUCCGCCAGAUUGGGGGACAUUGAUUUUCAGUUGGAGGGGCAGGUUUACAACGUCCACGACGGGUAUUCCAACAGGACUGCCACUUCUGGAAGAAUAAGAGGUGAAAUCGAAGUAGUAUCAGAUAACAGCACCACUAACAUAAGAGUCAGCGCAAGGUGCCAGUACUGCCACUGUACCAACUGCACUUGCACCCUGUGCUCAAAGUGCAACAAAAACCCAUGCAUUUGCACUGGUUAUUGCACGAGGUGCACAAAAAACCCUUGCGUUUGCAUCGAUUUGAGUUACCUGAAAGAUUCUUCCGAGAAUGAAGCGAAAUCGUCAAAAAGUUGCAGCUGUAAAAAGAAGGAUUUGUGCAGCGAAUGUGGCUGCUUUAGGACGGCCACUACGAGCAGAAGUAGGCAGUAUUUUACUGUUAAGGAAGUGGAGGAUAAUUUUCCUGUCGAAGAAAAGUCCACUUCCAGUACAGAUCCUAUACCAAGUAAACCACCACCAACUGCCAAAACAGAAAAACUGUACUCUGGCAAAAAUCUUCAGACCACGCCGGGCAGGUUUUCGAGAAACACCUUCGUUCAAACCAGCAGCAUCUCCUGCGAUUGCAAAGUAACGCAAACCGAUACGGAACGGCAACCUUACAGCGCCAAAAUAAGUAAUAGACAACGCGAAACCGACAACAGAAACGAGGAAAUACAAACCGACGACAUAGAUCAACAUGUCGCCACCACUCAGACCACCGAUAGGAGCAAAAGCAACAGCGACCACAGCAGUAGUGGUAGUGGUGGUGGAUCUGUGGAAAUAAAUGCUAGAACAGCGCAAAGGAAUUUCGAUGACGAUUUCGAGGAAAGGUUGAGGAAUCUGGAAAAACAUUUUCAACAGCAAGAAGAAGAUGACCGUGAACGGGUUUCUUCCUCGACCGAGGUUAAAGAAACUGACGAAUACAUAAACGAAACCAGUGCCACUCCAACUUCAGAUAAUGAAAUAAACCGAAAAAAAUCCUCAUCAACCAGUUCAUCGUAUUGCUACUGCUGCAAAAAAAUCAUAUCGGAGAACGCGGCGCGUGUAAGUCGCAAAAUGAGCAAAGACCGGAUUUCUUUGUGUCGCCAGUGCCUGAAAAGGAACCCAUGCCGAAAACGCCUCGCGGAAAAUCACAAGUGCACGUGUUUUUCGCUGAUAAAAACGGAAAUGCUACGCGAGCUGCAAAAAACCAUCGAUCAACUGGGGGAGAUGUAUUGCGCGUGCAAAAACCCUGGCAGGGCUGACCGCAGCAACUAUUGUUGCUAUUGCGAGAGGAAGUUGAGGAAAACCGUGCAAACCGAGAAUGGUAUCGCGUACACUUUGACUUUGGAGAAAGGCGGGCCUUCACAGAACUCUCCUCAGUCCCUGAAAAAGGUUUACAGGAGGUUGGAGGAGAUUAAGAUGAGGGUACCUAGCAGUGGCAGUAAACUUUUCAAAAACAAGGAGAAUAAAACUAGAAAGGAUGAUGGGAAGUCUAGAAGCACCACUCAAAAGUCACAGGAGAAUAAUAAGAAACAAAAGGACAAGGAUGAUGAUAAGGUUUCAUACACCUUGCAGGAAUAUCUCCGCCAAAAUAGACCAGACUUCAUAAAUUCAGCGGACUUUAGAAGACAAACUGUUUUGAACAACAGGAUUGAAAAAGAUGAAAGAGAUGAAUUAAAAUUGCAAUUUUUAAACGAAAGGCAAUUACCAAUGAAACAAAAUCGCCUUUUCACUGAAAAGGAAAUGAAAGAAAUAACAAGGAAAAACUACCAAAAAUUACCGGAAGUGCAAAAUAAGUUAAUUAAUCAAAAGCAGCAACAGCUACAUCAAGCCAGUAGGUUAAUAGCUGACACAUUCAAUAAGAAAAUUCAGAAAAAUACAUUGAGGGGCAGAAAAAACUUUCCACUGGAUGUUAAUGUUGUUAAUCUGUUUUAAUUUGAAGACAACCCUCUAUACAAUAUUGUGUGUGAAUUUAUUUUUUAUAUUUGAUUAAAAAAUGUUGAAUAAUGAAGUUGUUUUUCUGAUAUAUCUCAGUUUAUUUUAAGACAAACUACUGGGUAUAUUUUAACACUUUAUCAUUA